AUGGGCAGGUUGUUGCUGUGGAUUGGGCUGGUUCUUGUGCUGAAACAGCGCGAUGGCGCUGCCCACAAACUGGUGUGUUAUUUUACCAGCUGGGCACAGGGUCGCCCCAGCCCUGCCUCCAUCUUGCCCCGGGACCUGGACCCCUUUCUCUGCACCCACCUGAUAUUUGCCUUUGCCUCAAUGAAUAACAAUCAGAUUGUUGCUAAGGAUCCCCAGGAUGAGAAAAUUAUCUACCCAGAGUUCAACAAGCUCAAGCAGAGGAACAGGGAGCUGAGAACACUGCUGUCCAUUGGUGGGUGGAACUUUGGCACAUCCAGAUUCACCACUAUGCUGUCCACAUUAUCCAACCGGGAAAGGUUUAUUGGUUCGGUUGUAUCCCUCCUGAGGAGACAUAAGUUUGAUGGUCUGGACCUCUUCUUCUUGUACCCUGGACUGAGAGGCAGCCCCAAGAGUGACCGGUGGACUUUUCUCCUCUUAAUUGAAGAGCUCCUGUUUGCCUUCCAGCAGGAGGCCACGCUCACCAUGCGUCCGCGGUUGCUGCUUUCUGCGGCUGUCUCUGGGGAUCCGCACAUCAUCCAAACAGCUUAUGAUGUGCGCCUUCUGGGAAGACUCCUGGAUUUCAUCAACGUCUUGUCUUAUGACUUUCAUGGAAGUUGGGAAAAGUUCACAGGGCACAAUAGCCCCCUGUUCUCUCUGUCUGGAGACCCCAGCUCUUCGGCAUAUGCCAUGAAUUACUGGCGUAAACUGGGGGCACCCCCAGAGAAGCUCCUCAUGGGAUUCCCCACCUACGGACGUACAUUUCGCCUUCUGAAAGCCUCUAAGAAUGGACUGCAGGCCAAAGCUGUGGGACCUGCGUCUCCGGGAAAGUACACCAAGCAAGCUGGCUUCUUGGCUUAUUAUGAGAUAUGCUCCUUUCUCCAGAGAGCAACAAAGCGCUGGAUUGAUUUUCAGCAUGUUCCAUAUGCCUACAAGGGGAAGGAGUGGGUUGGCUAUGAUGAUGCCACCAGCUUCAAUUACAAGGCAAUGUUCAUAAAGAGAGAGCAUUUUGGGGGAGCCAUGGUGUGGACGUUGGACCUGGAUGACGCCAAGGGCGCUUUCUGUGGCACUGGCCCUUUCCCCCUUGUCAAGAAGUUGAAUAGUCUCCUGGUGCAGACUGAGGUCAGCUCAACUCCUUCACCAAAAUUUUGGCUCUCAACUGCUAUGAAUUCUGAAAGACCAACUAUAACCAAAGCGUUGACCACUGACAUGAGGAUUUCAUUCCCAGGAGGAAAGUCUCCGACCAUUAAUUCCCGUAGUAAGUCUCAAAAUAUGACUACAAGGCCCAGAGGUGGGAUUGUGACCCCUAUGAGGGAAACUAAGUCCUUUGGAAAGCCCACUGUAGCUCUGGAAGGGAGGACUGAGACUCUUGGAGAGACCAUGACCCAUGGAGAGACGACUAUGAUUCCUAAUGAUCAUUGGACCUCUAAAGGGAAGAUCAUGCCCCUUGGAAAGAGGGCUGUAGUCCCUGAAAUGAUGACUGUCCCCUCUGGAAAGAUGACAGUCACUCCUGAUGGGCAGACCAAGACUCUAGAAGAGAAUUUGACUUCUGAGGUGGACACUGAUCCCCUGUUGGAUUAUAUUGUUCUUCAGAUGGAAGCUGAAAGCAGGAGGCCAUCCUCAGGGCCUGUCAUAGCCCCAGGACACAUUCCUCCUGCUUUUGACAACCCCUGUGUUCCCAUUAAUGGAAAUGAUUCCUCUGUCAACUCGAUGACCCUUCCAAUAAGCGCUCUUUCUCUAAAAAAAGAAAACCCAGAAAAUUCUGCUGUGGGUCAAGGAGCCUAA